AUGCUCGCCUCUCUCAUUGUGUUCUUGCUCUCACACAUCGCUGUAGGCAAUGCAAAGUGCUUCGAGCCCACUCCCGCCUUUCCACUGCCCAGAUGGGACAACGGCGGUCCAGAGCUCGAACCUGCCUUCCAAUUGCUUGAGACAAACAUCCAAGACCUCGCCAGCCAAGCCAAAUACGACAAUACGUCCUUCUCAAUCGAAGUGACGUCCCUGCAAGGCUCGUUAUGGAGCUAUCACCACUCCGCUCGCGUACAUAACGAAAGCAGGCCCGGUGUUACCCAUGUAGACUCACUCAGCCAGUAUCGGAUUGCUUCGAUCACAAAGGUCUUCACGACACUUGCCAUACUGUAUCAGCAUGAUGCUGGGAACUUGAGUCUAGACGAUCCGGUCCUCAACUACAUUUCUGAGCUGAGAUCUGACGAGUACGAGCUGCCGUGGAAGGACAUCACGAUCCGUGUUCUGGCAAGCCAGCUCUCUGGCAUACCGAGAGAGUUCGCUCAAGGCGACCUUCUGAACUUGGUACCUGAUCCAUCAGCACUGGGCCUGCCUCCCGUUUCCCAGGAUGCUCUGCCAACUUGCGAUGAAUAUGACUCCUACAAGCCAUGCGAUCGUGGUGAGUUCCUCGGCGAGCUGAAAGGCAAGAAGCCACUUUUUGCACCCAACCAGAAGUCGACUUACAGCAACCUGAACUUCGAACUUCUCGGCUUAGUCCUGGAGAAUGUUACUGGCAUGCCGUAUAGUGACUACAUUCAGCAAGCGAUAUUCGACCCUCUAGAAAUGACAGAGUCCAGUCUGAGCACCCCCUCAGACGAGCAUGCAGUUCUACCCGCCAUGGCUGAUGGCUUCAACUACUGGGAUGUCGACGAAGGUGUUCAAGCUCCGACCGGCGGGAUCUACUCGACCAGCUCUGAUCUAAGCAAGUUCAUCCGGUACACUCUUAGCCAUUACAACACUCUUGCGACUGGAGUAAACUGGUUCCUCCCGGCCAGCUGGGCAACUGGAAUGAACACUUUCUAUGGGAUGCCGUUCGAGACAUUCCGCACAGACAAGAUCUUGCGCGAUAGCAGAAGGCCUGUAACUUUUGUAACCAAAGCUGGUGGUCUGCCAGGCUACUACUCUCGGAUCAGUAUGCUUGAAGAGUACGGACUGGGUAUCACAAUCCUGGUGGGCGGUACUAAUGAGAUCCUCGAGCCUUUGAACGAGCUCGUAUCUGUGGCGCUGGUCCGUGCAGCCGAGGAGAUCGCCUGGCAACGGAUGGCUGUUGACUAUCCCGGUACUUACGCGCCCAUCCGCUCCGAUCUCAAUACCAGCCUCGUCCUGGCCACCUCGCCGUCAAAAGGCCUCCAUGUCGAGACUUUCAUCUCAAAUGGAACCGACGUGCUUGCAGCUCUGCUGUCGAAGAGCGCUCCUGGCGACGAUGCCGAACAAAAGCAACGCUGGCAUGCUCAGCUUGUGCCCACACUGUUGUUUGAGAAUGAAGAAGCGCCAAAGGGUGAGAUCUGGCGUAUGCAGGUCGUGUCUGAGAGAAGUGAGGAGCAGCAGCUGAGCGCUGGCGUUUGGGAUGAGUUCUGCCCUACUGAUCUGGAGGGGCCUCUUUAUGCUGGAGUCCCGGUUAACAAAAUUGUCUUCUGGCAUGAACUGGGUACCGUGGAGCUGCCAGCAUGGAACAUCAGUAUGAAGCGGGUCAGCAUGAGCAAAGACAUGAAGGACAACCUCUUUGUUCAGAAGCAGGACCUUUGA